GCCUGUCUUUAAUCGCCGCGUUAUACUUAGGAUCUCACCCGUUACCAGUGCCGAACAAUAGCAGGAGAACAACAAUCAUCAAAAUACCCGGGCGAGCAGCCACCUCAGCCCAGAGCUGGUGCCUGUGCCAGUGGUCGGUGAGCAGAAGACAGGGGACAGACGGUAUAAGCAUCUUAAAAACAAACGUGCCCCGGCCAGGAAAUGAUGUGGCGAGGAAAGGAAAUUUGUUUUUAGAAAACGUAAACAAACAGCCGCGUCUAAAAAUAGACCUAAUCAGCUUUGAGAUGAUGUUAAAACGUAGUGAUAAUUUUAUGGUAUCACUUCAAGGCAAAAUGAAGACUGCUUUAGGUAUUUUCACUUACCUGGAAGCCUGGACUUCUCGAUAUAUAACUUUAACAGAGGUCGGUGAGCCGUUCAAAGAGGAGAAGGCUGUUGCUAAAUACUUACGUUUCAACUGUCCAACAAAAUCCACCAACAUGAUGGGCCACCGAGUUGAUUAUUUUAUUGCCUCAAAAGCUGUGGAUUGCCUCCUGGAUUCUAAAUGGGCAAAGGCAAAGAAAGGAGAAGAGGCUUUAUUUACAACCCGAGAGUCUGUAGUUGACUACUGCAACAGACUCCUGAAAAAACAGUUCUUUCAUCGAGCAUUGAAAGUGAUGAAAAUGAAACCUGACAAGGACACAAAGAAAGAAAAGGAAAAAGGAAAAGCCGAGAGUGGGAAAGAAGAAGAGAAAAAGAGCAAGAAGGAAAGUGGCAAAGAUGAAAAAACUAAGAAGGAGAAAGAAAAGGAAAAGAAAAAGGAUGGUGAAAAAGAGGAGUGUAAGAAGGAUGAGACCCCAGGAACACCCAAGAAAAAGGAAACUAAGAGGAAAUUUAAGCUUGAGCCACACGAAGACCAAGUGUUCUUGGAUGGAAAUGAGGUGUAUGUGUGGAUCUAUGACCCCGUUCACUUCAAAACUUUUGCCAUGGGGCUUGUACUUGUGAUUGCUGUUAUAGCUGCAACUCUGUUCCCGCUCUGGCCAGCAGAAAUGCGUGUUGGUGUUUAUUACCUCAGCGUAGGCGCAGGCUGUUUUGUCGCCAGUAUUCUUCUUCUUGCCGUUGCUCGCUGCAUCCUUUUCCUUAUCAUCUGGCUCAUCACUGGAGGAAGGCAUCACUUCUGGUUCCUGCCAAAUCUUACAGCAGACGUGGGAUUCAUUGACUCCUUCAGGCCCCUCUACACACACGAAUACAAAGGACCAAAAGCAGACUUAAAGAAAGAGGAAAAAUCGGAAUCCAAAAAGCAGCAAAAAUACGACAGCGAGGAGAAAUCGGAUAGCGAGAAGAAGGAAGACGACGAUGGGAAAACGGAAGCAACGAGGAACUCGGGCACAGACGGCUCGGGAGGGGAGCGGCAUUCAGACACUGACAGUGACAGGCGCGAAGACGACAGGUCCCAGCACAGUAGUGGAAAUGGAAACGACUUUGAAAUGAUCACAAAAGAGGAACUGGAACAGCAAACAGAUGAAGGCGAUUGUGAAGAGGAAGAGGAGGAGGAUACCGAAAGUAGGCCUUCACACGAAAAAUCAUAACUCACUGUGGUGUUGGGACUAAGUAUGUGCAAAUGGUUGGAUUUUCUUUGUUGGCUGAUCACCAAAACAUAGACCAUCCAGUAGCAUCUUUGUUUGCCGAAAUACACGUGUUACCAAACAGUUUUCUAUCUAGGUCCUUCUUUUUUUUUUUUUUUUUUUUUAACCAUUAACUCGAUCGCUUGGUACUGUGUUAAUCAUUAAUACCCAUUCACGGAAGUUUUAUCAAUCUGACAAGUUUUUCUAUUGAUUGAUAGAUUGCCCAGGUUGUCCUCAAAACCUACUGAAAACCACAGUUUUCUGGUACUUGCAUAACUGGUCAAUUAGUUUGGCUUCUCAAACGUGCUUUUGUAAAACAGGUAAAAGUUGAAUGACCAAAUCUCGGAUUAUUCCUAGUUAUUUGAUAGCUACUUAGGUAAAGCCCUUCUUACCCCCCAGCUUUCUUGAUAUUUUUCUUGAUUUUUCUUGUCAAAAGAUUGUGAAAACUUUCCUAAGAAAACUAGUUUUAGCAGAAGUAUUUUGCUGAAAAUAUUAAACGGCUGGUAGUGCUGAGUUUGGUGCGGUGUUCUCUGUCUCUCCAGACUGUGUGCCAGCAACUGAGGAAAUCCAAACUGGUUUUGUACAUCUGGUUCGGAGAAAGAUGUCAUCUCCAGCAGGUGAAGGAAUCAGCACAGUUUGGAAAUUACGGCUGUUUUCUUUCUCCUGCUCCAUCAUAAUUAAAAAAAAUAAAUAAAUGUAUUCUGUACAUAAUUUACAAAUAAAGCAAACCAUUUACUUUAACUGCUACUUAUUAUUUAGAGAUUUGAUCCAGCAUUCAGGUUGUAUUAUUAAAGCCAUUUUGUGGUGUAUCUAUCGGAGAAAUGCAAGUCAAGAGGACCUCACAGAAUUAUUUGUGUACGGUUGGUAGCUGUUCCACAAGAGCUUUAGUUUUGUGCCAACAUUCCAUGUAUUUGAGUAAAUUGAUCUUUAUUAAAUGAAAGCAAACAACAUAGCUGUAUGUAUGCCUUAAUGUUACAACUUUAUUCUGGGACUGGAAUGCUUUUUAAACUGAAGAGGCAGGGGAGCAUUCGUCUGCUCAGAAGUAGAGGUAACUCGAAGCUCAUAUGAAGUGACCGUUAAUAAUUUGUUGAUAAAUCUCUUGGAGCCGUCUGUGCGGUCCCUUUUACGCAUCCCUUCCCACCGGGCGCCCGGAGGACGUACUCUGUGUUUUGGUUAACCGCGUGUCGAAGAAGCUGAGACUUGGCAUCGUUCCUCUAGAUGACUUCAGUGGUAAUUAUAGAUUUGAUCGUCUCCCGAACCCACUCCAAGGAGAUGAGGGUAAGCUUGACGUUUUAAUAACUGAUUUGGAGAACUUUUUUUCCUAUCCUAAAUUGCUUCCCCUUCCUUCCAGCGUCGCCAUUUUGGAUGAAGAUACUGAUUUUUCAGAUUGUGCAAAUAUAUACAUCGUAACGGGUGCGUUGAUAAACGAUUCGUGGAUACGGUGUAUUCGGCUCUUAAAUUUCCUGAAUAUUUACUCCAUAAGGAAACAGAUAAAUCGGAUUACUUUUUUAUUAUAGCAAAAAAUUAAAGGACCCCUUACCUAAACAGAUGGACUCCUGGACGCUUGGGUGUUACCACUGAUGAGAACGAAGUCCUGUCGCUGUCUUUCGGUACCUUGCUGGGUACGCGUUGCGCGACGAUGAAGCGUCUUGCCCAAGAGCUGCCUUCUCCCUCCUCUCAGCGGCUGGUGCGGGACGCUCGGCUCGUACAGAGCCCGCUUUCCUUUGUGCUCACGUUUCAUGUCUCCGUGUCUGGCCUUGAGGGCCGAGCUGCCUUUCUUCCUGCGCAAGAAUCUUCAGCUUCUCGGCGCGGUAAUUUGUGGUGCACCUGAGCUGAAGAGCGGCACGACGGCUGGCUUGGCAGCUCUUCGCUCUUUACCACCCAAGCGCAGGGUUAGGAAAAUCGGCAGACAUCCUCGCGGUUUGUCGUGUUAGCUUCCUGCCGAUCCCGACGGGAGCUAAAAGGAGGGUGGCUGACCUUCCGCAUGCGUAUCUUCCAGAAGCCGUUUGCAAAUGAGCGCUUGGGAGAGCACUGUUGGAUGCAGAACGCGUUGCACUGGCCACGUGGCUAGUGGUGGUCCACAGCAGGCAGCGAGCCGCUACCGGUUUUUGAAGACAUUAAUGCAGAGGAUUUCAGUUAUGUUUCAAGUAUGUUUCUGCCUAAAAGGCAAAUAACGUCUUAAGGGCCUUGCUGAGAAAAUAAAGUUGAAACGGUCAAAUAAUAAAUACUUCAGCAGCGUUGCCAUCUGCUCCCUGUGAAGUGGAUGGGUGCGAUCUGCCAGCGCUGCCCGCUGCGGCCUGGGGACAAGCACCUGCAUCUCGGAAUCGCCUAUCAAAAACUUGUACCGUCACCUUUCCGGAGUCCCAGGCUCUCGCAGGUGUUGGAUUAGCGUUGGACUCUUCCACCUGACCUGCGGUGAAUGACUCUGUGUCCUCCUCAGAGGGAGUGCAAAGACAGAGGCCUUGGUGGAGCUGGUCGGUGGUUAAGGAGAGGAGGUCCUGACCCAGUCCUGUAAUCUACAGUUUUCUACAGAAAUGCCCCAAAUACUUCAGAAUCCUUUUGGAAUGAGAUAAUGAGAGGAGUGAUUACGAUGUGCCAGCAGCAGUCAAAUUGUGAGUGGACUGAACGGUGUCCCGACGCACUUCCAGUCCAAAGGGCGAAAACCACAAAGGUACCUGGCCACCUUCAGUUAUUUAGCAGGCCGCUUUUAUAUCGGGUAUAUUUCAAAGUUCUUCUUACUGGUUUUGACUUUUAACUUCCAGAGUCUAGGGUGACCUUAUGGGAACAAGUAUCUACAUAUAUAUAUAUUUAGUGGAAAGUUAUUUAAAUAACUAGCCUAUUAAAAUGUCCUUCCUGCAAUAAAAUUUUAUAGUGGUCUUACUGAUACUCCUCCCAGUGUUUUA